GAGCGGGAGUACGACAUUUGGAAAUAGCCCGCUAGCGCAAUAGGACUGUGGUGAGGGUGAUAUUACCGGGUGCCCCGAUGGCGACAGAUAUUGUUUCACAGUUGGCCGAUUCCCUGGCCAAGACUGGAGUGGAGGAAGGAGAACUGAGCUACAAGGGCCAAGGGAGAAAGCUAGACAAUGCUGAGUCUGUUGAGGAGAUUGUGAAAGAAAUCCAAGACUUCCAAGGUUUACAGGCUCUGAGGUUGGAAGGAAAUACCGUUGGGGUGGAAGCUGCGCAAGCCAUUGCAAAGGCCCUCGAGACAAAGAGCGAGUUCAAGUGCUGUUACUGGAGUGACAUGUUCACUGGCCGCCUGCGCUCUGAGAUCCCUCCUGCCCUGAAUUCCCUGGGUGAUGCUGUGAUGACAGCAGGUGCCAGGCUAACUGUUUUGGACCUCAGUGACAAUGCCUUUGGGCCGGAUGGGGUGAAGGGCAUCGAGAAGCUACUGAAAAGCUCUGCUUGCUACACACUACAGGAACUGAAGCUCAACAACUGUGGCAUGGGCAUCGGAGGGGGCAAGAUCCUGGCUGCAGCAUUGACAGAAUGCCAUAAAAGGUCCAGUGCUCAAGGUGCCCCCCUCAGCCUGAGGGUGUUUGUUGCAGGAAGAAAUCGUCUGGAGAAUGAGGGAGCCACAGCCUUGGCUCAGGCCUUCCAGUUGAUGGGAAGUCUGGAAGAGGUUCACAUGCCUCAGAAUGGCAUCAAUCACCCAGGAGUGACUGCCCUGGCAACAGCCAUGCAGCACAACCCAGGUCUCCGCGUCCUCAACCUUAAUGACAACACCUUCACCAAGAAGGGGGCCAUCGCCAUGGCUCAGGCCCUGAAACAUUUACGCAAUAUCCAGGUGAUAAACUUUGGCGAUUGUCUGGUGAGGUCUGAAGGAGCCAUUGCUAUUGCAGAAAUUGUAUCAGAGGGACUGCCGAUCCUCAAGGAGCUGAAUCUGUCAUUCGGAGAAAUCACAGAGGAAGCUGCUUUAACAGUGGCACAGGCAGUUAAGGACAAAGCCCAGCUGGAGAAGCUGGACCUUAAUGGAAACUGUUUAGGGGAGGAGGGCUGCGAGGCCCUACGGGAAACCAUGGAUGGCAUAAAUAUGGGAGACCUACUUGGCUCCCUCAGUGACGACGAGGGUGAGCUGGAAGAUGAGGAUGACGAUGAUGAAGAUGAUGAAGAUGAUGAGUUGGAUGAGGAAGAGUUAGAGGAGGAGGAGGAGGAGGAAGUAGAAGAGGAAAACACUGGGAACAAGGUUUCUACCCCUACACCAGCCUCCCGGCCCCCGGAUGUCUCCUCCUUCCUCUGCUUCCCCUCCCCAGACAAGCUGCUUAAACUGGGCGCCAAGAGAGCCCUGCUCAUCGAACAGCAGGUGGAUGUGUCAGACCCUGCGAAGAUGGCUGAGGCCUUCCUAAAGAUCUCAUCUGUGUACAAAGAAGAUGACGAGGACAUUAAGAAUGCAGUGUUGGACAGUAUUGAUGCAGUUCUGAAGAAAGCUUUUGCCACGCCUACUUUUCAGGGUUACAGUUUUGUAUCAUCUUUGCUAGUGUUGCUUGGACUGAUCAAGAGUGAGGACAAGGUAAAGCCUGUGCGUGUGGUGCCUGGGCACCUCCAGGUAUUGGAGCACAUUGUUCAACAAGACUACUUCCCCAAAGAGAAUGUGGCUGUGCUGGAGGCCUUCAUGUCCCGGUAAGGGCGUGACUGAAUGAGACAGACAGCAGGCAGCUCCCAGAAACAACAAGGCCCUGGAGUCGUGCGGCAGUGCCAAAAACACCCUCCAGUCCACACUUCAGAGGGUCAGGUCUGAGAGCUGAGGACCACAUGAGAACAUGAGCACACAUAAACACAGACUGGACUUAAUAUGAACUGAACAACAAUAUUCUUACCCUACACAAGGAGAGUUUACAUACCCAUGGACCUAUGGAAUCCUGCACAUAUGGAAAUUAAAGGGCACACAGCAGAGCUGUACUUAAGGAUGGACUACCGUUAACAAACGCCACCUCCCUGUCCCACCAUUGUCCUUUCCAACUCCCAUCACCAAACAGGACGCCUGAUUCUGAUGGAUCAUAUCAGCUUUGUGUGUUUGAAGUGAACUUUAUUUUUACAGGGUGGACUAACUGACUGGAGUGUUAUAUUGCACAACAUGUAUGCACACAUUGGACAUUAGUAAAGAUAGGAAAUCUCCCUCCAAGUCAAGUUAAUAAGAAAAAAAACCCAAUUCUUUUAAAGAAUGAUCUUCAAGGGAUCUCUCCUUUUAAUUCUUGUUUCAGGCAUUAAGCAUUUUUGCAGUAUAAAGAAAUAGUCUUUAUGAAACCCGCUUCCACUGGUUUCUUUACUCUGUGGCCUGAUCUGUGACUAAAACGUUAGCCCUUCAAUUUUCUUUUUCAGGUUGACCCUUUUUGUAGUUGUCUAUUAUUCAAUAUGAAAAUAGUAUAAAAACCUUAAAUUGUAAAACAAAAAAUAUACAUAACAUUGGCUGCUGAAUACACUAUUGACAUAGAUUGUGGAUUACAAAAGUUCAAUCAAAAGGGACAAAAUAUGUGUACAUUGCUUAUCUUGGAUUUUAACCAGGUGCUGGCUGCAAAGAUAUCUCAACUUGCCUGACCAAAGUUCAAUUCAGUGCUUCGAUUCAACAUCUCUUGCAGUUGGCACAUGCAAAUUUUUGUUUUUGAUUAAGUUGUAAUGUUUUACAGGCAAGGCUUGAAUGAGAUAUGCUUUAGAUAUGUGCUCCAAAUAAAAUAAU